CAAUGUGUCUCCACCGUAGCUGUCAGCACUCAGCAGUUAAGUGUUCUAAGCCCUGAAACUACGUCAUUUCUGUUGGAUGGCACCGUUUUAAUUCGCCUUGUAAAAUUUAUGAACGCACAGAUCUCAAAUCGUCGACGAAUGUGAGCUCGUAAAUUGUGAGAGUGCCUGUUAAAGGGACAAAAUGACGAUUUUGCCGAAAAAGAAGACUGUAGGAGGGAAGAACGAGGGGGAAAAUGAAACCCAUCUCGGGGGUGGGGGAUAUCUGGCCUCCAAUCAAGGUUCAGAGGAACUUCUAUUUGUCGCAGCAAACGUACCGUCGGACACUAGAUGGGGGAGUCGACAGGAGACACGGCCUCCUUCAACAUCAUCGCCCUCGCACUGGUCCUCAGCCUCCGGUUCUAGGGAGGAGAAGAGACACUCCUCUCCGGUCCAUCCUGCCGAUUUCGAGGAUUCUCUGGACGGAGUACCAGCUAAACGAGCCAGACAAGCACAUCCCCGCCAUGCUAGGUCCAGGAGCAGUACAUAUGUUUCUAGUCCAUCUUCAUCAAGGGUGGAAACUCCACUACAAGAGGAGCAGGACGGAGAAUACAGAGAUGAAGCCGGAUACGGGGCGGAGGGCAGAUAUGGGGCGGAGAGUGGAUACCGGGAGGAAGAGGAACUAGCAGGAUACAACUCGGAAGACGAAUACAGCCAUGUGGGCGUUACACUGACAGAGGCAGAGUGGGUGGAGAAAGAUUUGAGGUUUGAAAGAGUGAUGAGAAGAAAAGGAUACACUAUAAAACUAAUGGGUGAGGACGGAGCCUGCUUGUUUAGAGCUGUGGCUGAUCAACUUUAUGGAGACCAGGACAUGCAUCGCAGAGUUAGAUCUCAGUGUAUGAACUAUAUUGAAAGUAAUAAUGAUUACUAUGCACAAUACGUGACUGAAGACUUUAAAGAAUAUGUACGAAGAAAACGCCUUACCCAAGUACACGGAAACCAUCUUGAAAUUCAGGCGCUUUCAGAAUUGUAUAACAGGCCAAUUCACAUUUAUUGCUACAGUUCAGAGCCGAUAAAUAUCUUCCAGAACGUGAACCGAUCCAGUAGUGAACUCAGUAUACCUAUUCGUCUCUCUUACCAUAGAGGGGUUCAUUACAACAGUGUAGUAGAUCCUAACAAUUCAGCCAUAGGUGUAGGCCUGGGUCUACCAGGAGUGAAACCAGGUUGCAAUACCUCUGAUCUCUCAGCUGUCCUAGCACAGAACGACAACAACCUGACAGAGACCCAGAUGCUGGAGGAUAAAAUCAGGUUUACAGACUGGGAGGCUACCAACGAGGCUAUAGAGGAACAGGUUGCCAGGGAGAGUUAUCUUCUGUGGGUUCAAGAGCAAGAGAAAGCUAGGAAUAAAGCAAACAGGAAUCCUCCCGCUGCUACUGUAACCUCAGGCCAAAUGUCUCCCCGAGGUUCAGGCGGAGCCUCACCCCGUCCUCCCUCCGUAUCCUCCCCUCGACCCCUCCCGUCCUCCUCUACUCGACCUCGACCUGGAGCAGGGACCUCUCCUCGGCCUCCAUCCGGUCACAACUCCCCCCAGGCCGGAUGUUCCAGUCAACCGGAUGCAGGGAGUCCUGAGCCUGGGAGUAGUAGGAGCGGAUGCUCCGGGAGUAGUUUUAGCGGGAGCUCCGGGGUUGGUUUGAGUGGUGGAGCAAGUAUUGACCAUGGACUUGGUCCAGGAUUUCGCCUAAGGGUUGGAUGAGGAUGAAGGUAUUCUGAGUCAGGUGUUGGCUGAGUCCCAGCAGGAGUACCUAGAGAGUUUGAAGAGGAAAGCUGAAGAGGAGAAGGAGUAAGAGUUGAGAAUUCAUCCAGACAAAACAAAAAUCUAAAUUUAAAUGAUUGCAAAAUUUCUAUGCAUUAUUGUAUUUCGGGUAGCUAGUAAUUGUAUUACUAUUACUAGUUGCUUUAAAUCAUGUGAUUAACAAUAUAAACAGGACGUCAAAACAAUAUUUUUUUAGAACACUAUUUUUCUGGUAUUUUGUCUUUUCCCCCUCUUCGGUCACGUUUUCCUUCAACAGUAUGCUUCUCUUUUAUUGACUGAUAAACGCAAAGUAUAAUCCACGUGUCUUAGUAAAUUUGAUUAUGUCUACUUAAAUUGCUUGCAUUAAUAUCUGUUUUUAUUAAUCAAGCUGUUUAUAGAAAAUUUUCUUUUCGGCCAUCUUUUUCUUGUUGAAUUAUUAUUUAAAUUUGCAUAUUUCUAGUGUUUUUUUACGUUAGUUUUGGAGCUGUAACUUUUCAUUUAAAAAUAUUGUUUUCGAGAAGCAUCAAAUCAUGGGUGCCAAAGCACAAACUGAUAUUAGUAAAUGGAGAAACAUUUUUUGUUGGCAUUAAGUAUUUUUUGUUGUUGAUUUUUCAGGGUUAAAUAUUGUUAUACUUAAAACACCAAUUAUCGUAAAAAAGUAAAUAGUUUUUUUAAAGUUUUAUUUCGUUGAAAGUUCAAGUUCCAUAAUUAAAGAAAAUAUAUACCCUUGUAAUGAUCACUUCGGCUGUCGUAAGGCAAAAAGUAAAUCACUUUGAAUAUUCAAGGAUUGUCAGAUUUCGAAAUAUAUAAUUUAAAAAUAUA